AUGCCCCACCCCUUCCUCCUCGCCCUCCCACUCCGUCUCCUCUCCGCCCUCCUCUCCCGCGCUUUCUUCCAGCCAGACGAAUACUACCAAUCCCUCGAACCCGCCUACUCCCUCGUCUUUGGCCCGCACGCAGGAGCGUACGAGACGUGGGAAUGGAGGGUCCGACAUGAGAGUGAGGGAGCUUGGUGGGAAGGCGGAAAGGGGGGGAUUAGGAGUCCGCUCGGGGUGGUGGUGAGUGCGGGAGUGUACUGGGUGCUGAAAAGGGCGGGAUGGGACGACGGAGAGUGGAUGGUCCUCGCGCCCCGACUCGCUCAGGCAUGCAUCGCCGCCUCGAUGGACGUCGCCUUCGUCCGUCUCUCCUCCCGAAUUCUCGGUCCAGCCUACACCAACGCAGCACUCCUCACAACCCUCACCUCCUUCUUCCACUUCUUCACCGCCUCCCGCACGCUCUCCAACAGCACCGAAACCGCUCUCACAGCCUGGGCUCUCCGGUACUGGCCCUGGGACGCCGCCGACACGUCAGAGUCGUCCUUGCCGAUCGCGCUGGGGUUUGCGGCGUUAGCGACGGUGUUGAGGCCUUCGAAUGCGGUCGUUUGGGUGUGGAUUGGGGGAUGGUUGUUCGUCCAGGCUGGGGGGAGGAGGAGGUGGUACAUCAUCCGUGUUGCUGCGCACAUCGGCCUCCUCGCUUCCCUCUUCUCCUUCACGCUCGACACCCUCUUCUACCGCACCCCAACAUUCACCCCCCUCCGUUUCCUGCACACCAACGUCUUCCGCUCCAUCUCGCUCUUUUACGGCUCGAACUCGUCACACUUCUACCUCUCCCAGGGCGUCCCGAUCCUCCUUCUUACUCAACUCCCGUUCUCCCUCCACGGACUGUCAGCGCGGCGCUGGGAAGGCGUGAGGAACCCUCGAGCACUAAGAGCGCUCAGGUGGACGCUCGCGGGAACGAUCGGGACCUACUCGCUCCUCUCGCAUAAGGAAUGGAGGUUCAUACACCCCCUCCUUCCCGUGAUGCACCUCUUUGUCGCGCUCUCACUCGUCAAACUCUCCUCCUCUCCUCCUCCUUCGACCUCUCGGUGGUCCCGAACGACCCGCGUCCGUCCAACAUACACAGCACUCCUCUUCCUCUCCCUCCUCCCAGCAACUUACCUCACCUCCUUCCACGGGCUAGGCCAAACCCGCGUCUCUGCGUACCUCCGCUCGCGGGUGGGAAGGGGAAGGAGCGUGGGUUGGUUGAUGCCGUGUCAUUCGGCGGGGUGGGGGGCGCAUCUUCACACCAGGGAAUGGGGACGUCGGGUACGGGAUCUUGAGGUGAGCGGGAAGGGGGAGGGAGAGAAGGGAGGGAUGUGGAUGAUUACUUGCGAACCGCCUCUCGACGGUCAAGACCCCUCGACGUACCAAGACGAGACAGACCACUUCUACGCCUGUCCCUGCACGUUCCUCUCCACCCGCUUUCCUCCACUCGUCAAUCCCUCCUUCCCCUCUCCCUCACCCUCCACCUCAGAGUACACCUGGCCCGCUCACCUAAUCCUCUUCUCCUCCCUCCUCUCUCACCCCUGCCCCUCCCAAUCCCCCUUCGACAACAUCGAGGUCCUCCUGAGGGACAAGGGAUAUGGAAGGGAAUGGAGCGCGUGGAAUACGCUCAAUGGGUGGCAUGAGGAUUGGAGGAGGAGGGGGAGGGUCGAGGUUUGGAGUUGGCGGGCUUCGGGUGUCGAUGGGGCAGGCGGAGGCGGUAGAGAGGGGAGGGAGGAGGGGUGA